UACCUGACUUGGUUUAAAAAUGCUGAACCACCAGUUUUUUCUUGCCUCUCUUGCUUCUUCUCCUUAUCUUCUUUGCAAAUUCUAGUUUUUUUUAACCAACUAUAAUGGCAGUAACCAAUAGAUAUGUAGUAAUCACCGCAAACAUAGAUGGUGCACCAAAAGAGAGUGAUUUCGAAGUCAAAUGCGAAACAAUUUCCUUAUUACUUGAGCCUGGAUCAAAUGAUAUUAUUGUGAAAAAUCUCUAUGUAUCUAUAGAUCCUUACCAACUAAAUCGCAUGAAAAGUCAAAGCUCGUCGCAAGUUUAUUCAACUUUAGCGGCGGCCAUUAAUCCCGGCGAGGCUAUUGAUGCUUUCGGAGUAGCAAAAGUUUUGGUUUCUGGAAAUCCUGAAUUCGAAAAGGGUGAUUUGGUUGUAGGGCUCAUCCAUUGGGGAGAUUAUAGUGUUAUAAAACAAAAUGGGAUGCUAAAUAAGCUAGAUCCUAUGGGAUUUCCAUUGUCAUAUCAGAUUAGCAUUCUAGGAUUUAGUGGAUUAACGGCCUAUGCUGGAUUUUUCGAACUAUGCAAGCCCAAGAAGGGAGAGAAGGUAUUUGUAUCCACCGCAUCUGGUUCAGUCGGAAAUUUAGUCGGACAAUAUGCCAAACUGUUUGGUUGCUAUGUGGUUGGCUCCGCCGGAAGUAAUGAAAAGGUAGCCAUGCUAAAAGAGAAACUUGGUUUUGACGAUGCAUUCAACUACAAGGAAGAACCUGAUUUGAAGGCAACUCUCAAAAGGUAUUUUCCGAACGGGAUAGACAUAUAUUUUGACAAUGUUGGGGCUGAAAUGCAAGAGGCAGCAAUAGCCAAUAUGAAUACCUUUGGUAGAGUAGCAGUUUGUGGGGUGAUUUCUGAGUAUACAAAUAGUGGAAGAAAGGCUGCACCUGAUAUGAUAGAUGUUGUGUACAGAAGAAUCAAGAUUCAAGGGUUUUUAGCCGUUGAUUUCUUGAACGUGCAUGCUGAUUUCAUUUCAAAAACUUGUGAUCAUCUUCGCGCUGGGGAAAUGCAGGUACUUGAAGAUAUAUCAGUUGGUGUGGAAAGCAUUCCCUCCUCAUUAAUUGGACUUUUUAAAGGCCACAACAUUGGGAAGAAGAUGGUUCAAUUAGCAGAAGAAUAGAAAGUUUUUUCCUCGAUUCUCAUUGUACUUGUUAGCUCAUUUUUUAAAUAGAAUAAAUCUAAAUGAUUUUUAUUUUAUUUUUA